UCCAGCCGACCAAUCAUGACUCUCCGUACUGACCAAUCAGCUGUCAGGCAGGGUUCUCUUCCUGUUUGGCCGAGUGAGUCGUUAUCCGGUAAUUUGGCUAGCCUUUUUGAGUGGAUGUUGUCCGUUGUGUUUGUGAGAGCUGCACUGCUAGCAGCCAUUUUUACACUUGCAGUAACAGUUGUACGGACGAAGAUCAUGGGAGGGAUCAAACAAGAGCAGAGUGAUGCUUCGCAGCAGCCCAAAUCUUCACAUUCAGUAGAUCAACCACAAGAUGAGCCAAAGAAGAGAGGCUGGCCGAAGGGAAAGAAAAGAAAGAAGGUGCUGCCAAAUGGUCCCAAGGCACCAGUAACGGGAUAUGUCCGCUUCCUUAACGAACGGCGAGAGCAUAUGCGGGCCCGAUACCCUGACUUACCUUUCCCAGAAAUCACCAAGAGACUCGGAGCAGAGUGGACACGAUUAGCCCAGAAUGACAAACAGCGCUACCUGGACGAGGCAGAACGGGAGAAGAUGCAGUAUGCGCAGGAACUGAAGGAAUAUCAGCAGACGGAGGCCUAUCAGAUCACCACUGCAAAGAUACAAGACAAGAGGAUCAAGAAAGAAGACACUCCAUCUGUCAUCAUCAGCACUAGUUCAGAGUCAUCUUUAUCAAAGGCUUCUGAGCUCCCAAGCAGAUUCGACAUCCCUAUCUUCACAGAGGAGUUCCUCGAUCAGAACAAAGCUCGAGAGGCUGAGUUGCGACGGCUUCGUAAGGCCAACAUUGAGUUUGAAGAGCAGAAUGCAGUGCUUCAGCGGCACAUUCAGGACAUGUACAAUGCUAAAGAGCGCCUGGAGGCUGAAUUGGGGCUGGACGAGAAGCGAACCCAGGCUCUUCACCAGCACUUGCUGGCCAUUAAACACACACUGGUCAAUAGCCUGUCAUCAGUCCCUCUGCCAGGUACAGGCGAGACAGCGUCUCUUGGGAACCUGGAAUCGUACGUGAGUCGUCUCAGUGGAGUGGUGGAGGGAAACCCUCAAAAGCAUCGUGCUCUGCUCACCCAGCUUAGUGAAGUCCUCUCUCAUCUGGACAGUGAGAAGUUAUGAGGAGGCUCCAGCUGGAUACCCUUUCAUUCCUGCAGCAGAGGGGGCACACGGCAGGCUUGGUGGUGUUGGUCAAGUCAGUGCCAUUCAACAGAGCAUGGGGAUAUCUCAAGGAUAGUAAAGGCAAGGGUACAAACACUUCAAAAGACCACACACAUAAUCCGUGUCUACAUGCCUCUUUGCUAUGAAUAUGUGUAUUCUGUAGAAUAUGUGUAUUCAUACACAUGCAUUUUUGUGAAUGUAAAUCUGUGUGGCAGUGUUGAGGGCUUUUACAGUUCAGGAAUUUCUUUAAAUGUAAUGUAAUUUUAUCUCCUCGACUGCUGUAAUUCAGUACAUUUGGAUUGGCCGUUACCCGAUUGUGUAUUAUCAGCAGUUAAUACAGGCUCGUGACCUGUCCAAUAAGACAAGCGUAAUUAUUAGUUUCCAAUAAAUGGCAUUUGGCAUUUGGUGGUUGGGGAAUGUGUACGUAGUGUUAUUUAGAAUGCAUGAAAAAAAAACUGGAAAAGGUGAAAAAUGAUGGGCUACUGCAGACAUACAAUGAAUUUACAUUGAUAAUAGCAGGUUGUUGAAUGGACAAGCAGUUUCACAUGUCGGAAUAUUAUAUAUUUGUGAAGUAUAUUUGUAUUUUCUGAAAUGUUCAUUAAACCAUACUGAAAAUGUUUCCA